AUGGCGUCUAUAAACGUUAACGGCCCUGCAAGGCCCUUUCGAUUCCCCAAAAGCUAUGCCGAGCUGAUAGCAGACUGGCCUGUGGUGGUUCUGGGGGUUUGCACGGUGCUCAUCGUGAUCUGUGCCCUCGUAGGCGUCCUGGUACCCGACCUGCCAGAUUUCUCAGAUCCGUUGCUGGGUUUCGAGCCGCGAGGAACUGCCAUCGGCCAGCGACUCGUCACGUGGAACAACAUGGUGAAGAACACCGGCUACAAAGCCACUCUGGCCAACUACCCCUUCAAAUAUGCAGACGAACAGGCCAAAAAUCACCAAGAACCCAGGUGGCCAGAAGACCACUUUGACAGAGACAAACGACAAGCUGAGUGGGACUUCAGCAAAGAGUUCUUCUGCGAUGUUCCAGGUGACAGUUACUCUCGACUGGUGUUCACGUCAGCAGAAGGGAAGAACCUGUGGAGUAUUCAGGCCAUCAAAUCCAUGUGCAAUCUGGACAACACAAGAGUGCGUUCCCACCGUGACUACUGGAGUCUUUGCCAGCGCACCAACGAUGCCUCUUGCUGCCCGAGCUGGACGCUCGGUAACUACAUCGCUGUCCUCACCAACAGGUCGUCCUGCCAGAAGAUCACAGAACGCGACGUGUCGCACACACUCAAGAUCCUGCGCUCGUGUGCCAAGUACUACCACAACGGCACGCUGGGGCCCGACUGCUGGGACAUGGCCCUGCGACGGAAAGACCAGCUGAAGUGCGCCACUGUGCCCCGCAAGUGCACCAAGUACAAUGCGGUCUACCAGAUCCUUCACUUCCUGGUGGACAAAGACUUCCUCAGUCCCAAAAGUCUGGAGUUUCCUCCACCUGUGCUCAAGUACAGCAUGCUCUUCUCCCCUACAGAGAAAGGGGAGUCCAUGAUGAACAUCUACUUGGACAAUUUUGAGAACUGGAACUCCUCAGAUGGCAUCACCACAGUCACUGGGAUCGAGUUUGGCAUCAAGCAUGACCUCUUUCAGGACUACCUCCUUACGGACACGGUUUACCCAGCCAUAGCCAUAGUGAUUGUUCUGCUGGUCAUGUGUGUGUACACGCGGUCAGUUUUCAUCACACUCAUGACAAUAAUAGCCAUCAUCAGCUCACUUAUUGUGUCUUACUUUCUUUAUCGAAUGGUUUUCAACUUUGAGUUCUUCCCCUUCAUGAACCUCACGGCCCUCAUCAUCCUGGUAGGAAUUGGUGCAGAUGACGCCUUCGUGCUUUGUGACGUGUGGAACUACACCAAGUUUGAUAAACCACAUGCUGAGCUGGCAGAGACGGUCAGUGUGACUUUGCAACAUGCUGCCCUCUCCAUGUUUGUCACCAGCUUCACCACUGCUGCAGCUUUUUAUGCCAACUACGUCAGCAACAUCACCGCCAUACGCUGCUUUGGAGUCUACGCUGGCACUGCCAUUUUGGUGAACUAUAUUCUAAUGGUGACGUGGCUGCCGGCUGUGGUGGUGCUACACGAACGCUACCUGCCGAACAUGUUCCCCUGUUCCAAACCUCCACACCAGCAGAGAGGUUUCUGCACCCAGAUGUUCUGGGCUGGUCUUUGCCAGAAGGCCAGCAAAUGCCUGUUUACAGUCUCUGAGGCGUCGAGGAUCUUCUUUGAGAAGGUGCUGCCCUGCAUCGUCAUUAAGCUGCGCUACCUCUGGCUCUUCUGGUUUCUUGCCAUCACAGUUGGUGGAGCAUACGUGGUUUGUGUGAACCCAAAGAUGAAGCUUCCUUCACUGGAGCUGGCGGAGUUUCAGGUGUUCCGAUCCUCUCAUCCCUUUGAGCGCUAUGACGCCGAGUACAAAAAACUCUUCAUGUUUGAGAGGGUUCAUCACGGUGAGGACCUCCACAUGCCUAUCACUAUCAUUUGGGGGGUGACCCCUGUAGAUAAUGGAGACCCCCUGAACCCCAAAAACAAGGGAAAGCUGAUGCUGGACAGCAGCUUCAACAUUGCCAGUCCAGCAGCUCAGCUGUGGAUCCUCAACUUCUGCCAGAAGCUGAGGAACCAGAGCUUCGUCUUUCAGUCAGAGGAGCAGGACUUCACCAGCUGCUUCAUUGAGACAUUUAAACAGUGGAUGGAGAACCAGGACUGUGAGGAGGCGUCUGUCUACCCCUGCUGCAGCCAGUCAACCUUCCCAUACAAGCAGGAUGUGUUUGAGUUGUGCAUCAAGAGAGCCAUCAUGGAGCUGGAUCGGAGUACUAAUUACCAUCUGGACAGCAAAACCCCCGGACCUCGAUUUGACAUCAAUGACACCAUCAGAGCCAUAGUUUUAGAGUUUCAGAGUACCUACCUCUUCACACUGGCCUAUGAGAAAAUGUACCAGUUCUACCGCGAGGUGGAUGCCUGGAUCACAGAGGAGCUGCGCUACGCCCCAGCAGGCCUCAGUCACGGCUGGUUUGUCAGCAACCUGGAGUUCUACGAUCUCCAGGACAGCCUAUCAGACGGCACCCUGGUUGCCAUGGCGCUGUCAGUGGCUGUUGCUUUCAGCGUCAUGCUGCUGACCACCUGGAACGUCAUCAUCAGUCUGUACGCCAUACUGUCGAUCGCCGGGACCAUAUUUGUCACGGUUGGAUCUCUGGUGCUGCUGGGCUGGGAGCUGAAUGUUUUAGAGUCCGUCACCAUCUCUGUCGCGGUUGGACUGUCCGUGGACUUCGCCGUCCACUACGGCGUGGCCUACCGACUGGCCCCAGAACCCGACCGCGAAGGGAAGGUGAUUUUCUCCCUCAGUCGGAUGGGCUCUGCUAUCGCCAUGGCGGCACUGACCACCUUUGUUGCCGGGGCGAUGAUGAUGCCCUCCACCGUCUUGGCCUACACCCAGCUGGGCACGUUCAUGAUGCUGAUCAUGUGCGUCAGCUGGGCCUUUGCCACCUUCUUCUUUCAGUGCAUGUGCCGCUGCCUGGGGCCACAGGGCACCUGUGGACAGAUACCCCUGCCCAAAAAGCUGCAGUGUCAGGCCUUUCAUGAAGCCACAUCCACAGGCCCCCCACCCCAAGGGAAGAGCUCUGGUCUGGGGAAAUACCAGCUGGACAGCAGGGGCGGGGAGGUGGAGCACUAUGAGCUGGAGCCUUUGGCAUCCAGUCAGAAAACUGAAGAUAAACCUCGAGAAGAGCCUGAACUGUGUACUCAGCUUUAUAACGGAAUCCCCCCUCACCACCAUAAUGCUCCGUUUUCACACAUCCAUUACAAAAGCACCGACACGAGCAGAGCCGGCCCAGAGAACGGGCUUGUAUCCACACUGAGCACACCGUCCAGGUGUCAGUACUCUCAGAACACUAACUGCACAUGUGGGGACCCUCCUGCUCCUCACCUGCUGCAGCAGUGGACCCCCCACUCCUGUGCCCAGCCUCCCCAGGACUCCCUGUCCUGUCCUCCCACCCCUCAGCUCUUAUCCCUCUCAGGAAACACCCCGAGCAAACAAAACCCAGCUCUCCUGCCUACAAACCUGGACCCUGUUUAUGCACACAUGGAGUGCCGUAUGCACUACGUCCACUGUCCCCUCACACAUUUCCAUCACUGCUCGCAGGGAAGAGUUAGACAAGGACCCGCACACAGCUGCCAUCUCAGGAAGUACUGUGUCCACACUGCGAACAUGCAGGCUGGUUCAGUCAGAGAACAGAGAUCCACGAGUCCUGCUUCACACCAGGACACAGGACCCGGCUCUGGCUCAGAAACUGUGGGAGAAGAAGAAGUUCAGAGACAUGAAACGAGUCCUUCAAGUCCCGACAGCAGCCAGAAUAUCAGCACCCUGAAUCAACUUCACAAUGAACACCCCGUCCCUUCUCCGCACACAGAGUGUCAUGAAAGACUGAUCGCGAAGGACAACGACCACAGUUGUGGUGAUAAUCACGUAUCCACCACGACCACAGAAGCAACAACGCACACGAAUGCUUGUUGUAAAAUCCCUGGCAACCAGGAGAAGCUCGAAAGUAUUCCCGUCACACGGGAGGAAAGUGUCAAAAAGUGCAAGCAGAACUCGAAAAGAGAGCGGGCGUCCUCCGCCUCUCCAAAGAAACUCUACUGUUUUAACAGGACGUUGAAAGUGAAGUGCAAUUCAGCUUCAGAGUUUAACGUGCCAAAAAGUGAAGCCAGCGUGCCUCCUAUUGCAAUAAACACUAACCCCUCAUCUGAAAGCUUAUGCUGACGACAAACUGAUAUUUUAAUUAAAAACUCAAUCCAGAACAAAUAGCAGAUGUCCAAAAAAAAAAUAAACAAAUGACACAUACAAUGUGCAAUCAUACAAGGUGUGAGAUGUGUUUGUUGAACAAGUGCCUCAGUGUGUUUCAGACAAAAGCACGGACCCACUAAAUAUAUUCUGUUUACAGUUUUUGUUUUGUACUCACCCGUUCUUCACGUGCCAGAUUGUGUGUUUGAUUUUUAUGCUGGAACACACACUAUUGAAAAAGCUACAUCAUUGUGGGAAACUAAUGUUUUUAUUUUGGUUUUUUUUUUUUACAAGGACACCUCCAUGAAAUUUUGCUAACUGAAGUGUUAAAUAUACUCGUACAGCAGCCAUUUGCACCGCCAUGAGAUCGUACAGUGUCUAUAUUGUGAUAUUGUGUGUAAUUAUGUGUUGUCAGAUACGAUCACAUCAACCUUAACAACAACGUGCCACAUUUUACAAGCUGAUGAGAAAAGAAAAAGUUGUUGCCUGUCACUUUUUUUUUUUUGUAUUUGUGCGAGCUUCAAUUCUGCGUGUGCUCUGGUGUUCAGGUCGCCACAUGCCUCAGAUAAAAGAUGUACUGUAUGAUUAAAAUGUCUUUUUUUUUUUUUU